UGUAGAUUUACUGCUAUUAUUACCAUUAUUAUUCUUUCAAAGCUUCCGUAUCAGUAGUGGUAAUAACAGCAGUAGUAUUACACUUGAUUACAACACCCAGUACUGUUGCAAACUAGUCGAAAGAAAAAUGUCUGCAGUCGGUAUAUCAGAAUGGUUAGCUAAGAAAUUGUUACCACCAAAACCAGAUCCUCGACUGGAUGCCUAUCCAUUGAUGGCUUCUUGGACGCCAACAGCACUCAUCUCACUCACCUAUGUCAUUGGUGUAUAUGCCUGGCGAGCGGAAUGCCUGAAAAGAAAAGAAAAACAAAACAAGACGAAAGGCGAGUAUAAUAACUUCAAAAGAAAUAAGAGUGACGAGAAAUGGGAUUUUGUUAAAUAUUUAAUGGUUUUGUAUAACAUAUUGAUGGUGAUCUAUUCAUGUGUAAUUACAUUCGGUACACUAUGGGCUGUAUGGACUUUAGGCUAUGGACUCGGGUGUGAAGAACAACCUGAUCCAAGGGAUGCUAAAUACGAUAUACUUGUAUUGGUUGGAUAUCUAUUCUACUUCUCGAAAUUUGUUGAAAUGUUGGAUACAGUGUUCUUUUUAUGGCGUGGAAAAGUUGAUCAAGUGACAUUUUUGCAUGUUUUUCAUCAUGCUACUAUGCCACCAUCAAUUUGGUGGGGAGUGAAAUAUGCACCAGGUGGUAUAGCGUAUAUGUUUCCAUUGGCAAAUAGUUUUAUCCAUAUUAUAAUGUAUACCUAUUAUGGAUUGGCAGCAGCUGGUGCAUAUCGUUAUUUAUGGUGGAAAAAUUAUCUCACCUUAGCACAAAUGAUUCAAUUUGUUAUAUUAAUUGUACACCAAGGUCAAAUAUUUGUCAGUUCAACACCAUGCAAUUAUCCUAAAGUAUUUCCAGCGGCGAUUGUCCUCUAUGCCAGCCUAUUUCUUGUCCUCUUUUCUAAUUUCUAUAUUAAAGCCUAUUGGUAUAAACAAAGGCUGGCUAAAGGUUUACGAGAACAAAAUGGUCAUGCAGGUGUUAAGGAUAAAUCAAAUCAUGAGAAUGGCUCUGUGGUACAACAAACCAAUGGUUAUGCAACACGUGGAAGUCAUACAAGACAGCGUAAAACGGAACAUUAAUUCGGUGUGUUUUAUUUUCGUCGUUUAGCUAACUGAAAACUGUGUCAAUUUGAUCUGAUCAAAAACACAUUCACACACACACACACACGUACAAUACAAGUAUGCACAAAUAGGAAUAGACAAAUUCCGAGAUAGUUUUGUGAUCACUUUCAAGGUUGUUAAUUUUUCCAUUUAAAUGUAUCUGUGUGUGCGUGGGCGUGCGUGCUUGUACGCGUAGGUGUGCAAUGACGUGAUGAAUUGCGUGGGUGUUAUCAAGGCAACAUCUUUUACACCAUAGUUAUUUAUUCUUCUUUUUUUUCCGCUUAUCGCUACAUUUUCUUAAAAUUUUCUCUGUGUUUAUUCCACAUUGCAAGUGCAUUCAUUCAUUUUCGAUACAUCUUCUCUCUCUCUCUUUUACUUCUCAAUUACUCUUUUAUUGUCUUGUCUAUGUGCCCAUGUGCUCAUUUAUAUAUAUAUAUAUUAUUGCUCAAAUCUCUUUCGUUCUUUUCCCCUUCUUUGUUCUACCUCUUUUCUCUAUUUCUAAAAAUAAAUGUAAAAUUAAAGUGAAUCAUGUAUAGAUCAUUAGUAGUAUUUUCAUACGCAGUAUAAAUUUCAUUUAUAUAUGUUUAUGAAAAUAAAGGAUUUUGCUUGA